AUGAGCUUCAAGGGCGAUUCCCAAAUGGAGGUCAUCACUGUGCUUGCCAACUGCGGGACCGACAUUCGCAAGGCCAGACAAGCUCUUACGACGUACAUUUCACGAAAACAAGAAAAAGGACGGUCAACAGAACACGUUUUGAACAAAUUGCGACAACUGGAAUUGAAAUUCAUCAAUGACACCACUUUACAUUCCGCUUUCCGGGACGCUAGAGCAAAUACAUGUCUUCCACGGUCACCUGAUCUACCCCUGCCUCGCUUUGUGCUCCGUGACACGACUGCGAGUUCUCGGGACAGUCACCAGAGCCUGCCGACGCUGCGAGACUUUACAACUCCAAGUCCCAGCCCCUCUACCCCUUAUAGCUGGACCCAACCGUCUUCUUCGUCAGUUCAACCUGCAGACUCUUACAUAAUAGAGGAGGAUCAAAUACAACCUGCAGAGGCUUCGCACAUGGCUUACGAGGCUUCGUCGAGGCCACCUUCGCUGUCACCCACCAGCCCCUUAGGAAAGAUGCCCGUGCUUUCACCGUAUGCUUAUCAAAUCAGCUCCGGUCGAUCUCGCUCCUCUACCCUCCCAUCGUCGCUUCCCCAAAAGAAAUUCCGAGCUUCAUACAAUUCUCCACCCCCAACAUCCCCUCUCCCCGAUCUUCCACCGGAUGCAACUGACGAAUAUGACUCGCGUCUCCCGCAAUUGCACUUGCCGCCACCAGCCGAUCACCGACAUUUGUCGUUUGGAUCUCAGAGCUCAUCUAGCUCGCACUCUAGUUAUCCAAUUCCUUGUACACCCGAGAUCGCUCCACCGAUCUAUCCUGGACUCUCUUCACGAUCAACAGUAAUUAUCCGGGGCGACGUCCAUUAUCCACAACAGAGGGAAGAAAAAUUGCCCCAGCAGCCGCUCGUCGUGGAUCAUUACCCUUCGGAGACGGACAUUCCGAGCAUGUUUUUACCCAGCCUAGAAGGAUCCUUCAACACGUCCAAGAGCUCAUUUUGUGACUUUCCCAGUCCCAACCGCGAUUCACCUAUACUCCGUGAACGGUCUUCCAUUCGCAAUUUCAGUUUUCCGCUAGACAAUGUUCUGAAGCUGUGCGCUGCUUCUGUUGUUGUUCGUCGCGAGGUGGCCAAGUGCCUCCAGCAAGAGCGUGGCUACGAGCAAGAUAACUGGCCAACAGUCUUGCGGGAAUGUGGUAUAGCUCAAGAGAAUUUUCCAUUACUUCUGAACGAGAUGGCCCGGGAAGCGGAUUUCAUGUCUAGGGCGUGA